GGUGUGUGUGCGAGUGUGGGGGGUGGGGAGAAGUCCACCCCUCUGGAUGAGGGCGCCACUGGGAUGUGGGAGCGUGUGCGGCGAGCGAUCUCUUUGGCCCCACAUCAGCAAUGGUCUCUGAGCGGAGCGAACCGUGUUCGGUGCCUAGCCAGUGAGAGGGAGCCACAACUUCUGGGGCCCGGGCACGUUUUUCAGGUGUUUUCGAGAGCACGCCAUAUUGUAGCGCAAUGUGUCCCCAACCAUCGAUCAUUCUGGCGUAUGCUCUCCGGGUCAUCGCAAAGGCGCGCGGUUGGCGGGCGCCCGUCACGUGAUAUGCUAAUGCUCUCCAACGGGCGGAGCCAGCGCUCAGUUAAACGACAACCCCAAAGAAAAAUUAUUUCCAUCCAAUUCAUCCAAAAAUUAAUGAUCAUGAGUUCGUAUUUGAUGAACUCUCCCGCUUACAGUGAUCCAAAAUUUCCACCGACAGAGGAAUACUCUCAAGGGAAUUACAUUCCUAGCCACGGUGGGGAUUACUACACGCCGUCGCAUCACCAUCACCAUCAUCCACACCAUCAACAACAUCCACACCAUCAGCAUCAUCCGCCACCGCCGCCGCCACCGAGUCACCACCAGCAUCCGCAGCAGCACCACCACCACCACCCCUAUGCCGGAUACCCCCUGUCCGGCCCGGUCCAGUACGGCCAGGAGAAUGGCAGUCCGGUCUAUGGGGCGGCGGGCCAGCACUAUUACCGGCCCCCACCGCCACCGCCGCCCCCCUGCGGCAUGGGGCCCGUCUCGCCCCUGGCCCGCACUCCGACGCUCGAGCCCCACGUGAGCCCCGUUCCCGGCGGUCACAAGCAGUCGCCCGGCUCAUCGCCCACCCCGCCCGGAUUGCCCGGCAGGCAACCACCUCAACCAUCUUCGCAGCAGCAACAACUCGGACCCACCUCGCCCGACUGUGCAAUAACGGCCGGCAAUGGAGCCAACCAGCCGGUUAUAUACCCCUGGAUGAAAAAGGUCCAUGUUGGUACAGUUGUUCACGAUAACCAACUUCUACAGUUAGUUGCUCCUAACGGGAAUUUUCCUGGAGUCGAACCAAAAAGGCAGAGGACAGCCUACACUCGACACCAAAUACUCGAAUUAGAGAAAGAGUUCCACUUCAACCGGUACCUAACACGGCGGCGAAGAAUCGAGAUCGCACAUUCUCUCUGUCUUUCCGAGCGACAGAUCAAAAUCUGGUUCCAGAAUCGGCGGAUGAAGUGGAAGAAAGACAACAAACUCCCUAACACGAAAAAUGUUAAGAAGAAAAACCCCAAUAAUGCCAACAACGCAAAUAACAAUACUAACAACAAUGCCAAUAACAACACAACAAACAAUAACAAUCCGGACCAACAAAAUGCGAACAGAUUAUCCAACCCUCAAUCUCAACCUCCAACGUUGCAACCGGUGGUGCCACCGCCGCCACCACCGCACCACAUGAUUGGCCCUUCUCCUCACUCCCAACCAAACUCCUUGGUGGAUUCAAAGACGGAUUAUGGACUUACAGAACUGUGAUGUUAGCAUGUAAAGUCCACUUUUAUUUGUGUUCGUACUAUUUCUCACAUUCCAGAACAAUGUAAAAAUUGUAUGUAAAAGUUAUUACGCCUCUUCAGACGGUUCCCGCUGGAAAACAUUUCCAGCCAAACUGAACUUUUUGUGGAAUUUAUUACGAGUGAUGUGAAUUAUUUAACAUUAAAAUUCACAAGGAUUGUGAAGACAUGCCUUAAAAGUAGAUCGAGCGUUUUAGAAUAUGGCAACAAUCGCCAUAUUUUUUGGUACUGAACUGUGUGCUUGAGAUGCAACUCAGAGGUGUUUUCAUACGUGCUCCUAUGUAUUGUUCCUUACGUUAAUAGUUUAAUGAAUAGGGUGCUGCUUUUAUAAUUCUGGACUGUGUAAGAGUUUCGAUUUUUCAGUAGACACCACGUGUUAGUGCAAUAAUAUAAGCAAUAUGUUGUGGCCUUGAGAAAAGCAAUCGAAAUCAUUUUGUUGGCGAAGUUGAGUCUAGUAAGUACAUUUUCAUUGAAAGAGUUUUCAUUAAUGUGGUUGUUCUGAUGCUCUACAUGAAGUAAAUACUUCAGAGUGGCAAAUGGUAAUCUGAAAACAUAAAAGCAUCAAAAAAAUUGCUUUACUAUAACGAGAACUAAAUUUUCCCUCCAGCUUUUCUUAAAUCUACUGGUAAGUAAAAAUUUUAAAAGUAAACAUGAUUCGUACACUUCCUACAAAAAAAAAAAAAAAAAAA